CGUUUGAUCCAGUUUGGUCCGGAACAUAUUUUAUGAGGUCGGGUCGGAUUUACAAGAGCAAUGCGUGACCGGACCGUCGACGGUACAGAUUGACGAGUCUGUUCUCCCGCGAUUCCCAUCGCUAGGUCGGAGCGUCGUCCCGUGAGACUUCUUUCUCAGGGUUUACCAAACCUCCCGCGUCCCCCACCUUCUCUCUCCUUUACAUCUCAUCUUCCUCUGUUGGAAAUGUCGAAGGAAACGCGCUUGUCUUCCUCAAAUAAGUCCGAGAAUCGAGCAAAAGGAACCGAGGUUUUCAUUGGGGCACUAGGUCGAUCGGUGACGGAAAACAUGAUUCAUCAGGUUUUCUCCUCUUGUGGAGAAAUACUAGAAAUACGCCUGAUGAAGGAUAAAAAUGGAAUAUCAAAGGGAUACUGUUUUGUGCGUUUUACAACAAAAGAUGCUGCUCUGAGAGCUCAAAAACAAAAGGAUGGUUAUGUGAUGGAAGGUAAAAAGAUUGUGGUGGCUUUGUCAUCUGAUCAGAGUUCCUUGUUUUUUGGUAGCUUAAGGAAAGAUUGGAGUCAAGAAGAAUUUGAGAAAUUGGUGCGCCAGGCAUUUGAUGAUGUUUUAUCUGUCGAUCUUGCGAUGCCUUUAAGUCCUGGAGAAUCUGGUAGAGGGAAAAAGCAAAAGAACAGGGGAUUUGCAUUUGUUCACUUCACUUCUCAUGCUGCUGCCGCACGUGCAUUUAGAAUUGGCAGCAAACCAGAUUUUCGCCUUGGGGAUGAUUGGCAUCCUAUUGUGGAUUGGGCUGAAAAGGAAGCUGAACUUGAUCCCGAGGAAAUGGCCAGGAUAACAGUAGCAUUUGUUGCCAACCUUCCUGGUGAUGUCACUGAGGAUUACUUACGAAGGUUGUUUGAGCCAUUUGGGAAGUUGGAGAGGGUUGCAAUAUCUCGAAAAAGUAAUGUACCUGUUGGAUUUGUCCACUAUACAAGUCGCUCGGACCUGGAUAAAGCAAUCAAGGAAUUGGAUGGAAAGCUAGUUCAAGGACCUGGGAAAGGGCCAAAAUUUAACCUUCAGGUGUCAGUUGCAAGGACUAUUGUGAAGGCUGACAAAAGAACUCAUGAUGAAUCUCAAGCAAAGAGUACCCGGGGUGCAAGUCAGUACAAAUCAUCCAACACAUAUGACCAUUCAGAUGAUCGUAAGAUGAAAGUUCCCCGAGUUGACAGCCCAGUUGAGGACACUGGCGUUGCAGAUCCUUAUGAAGCAGCUGUACUUUCUUUGCCGUCAUCAAUUACAGGACGGUUGCUUCGCAUCUUUCGACUUGGUAUUGCUACACGAUAUGAUAUUGACAUUCAGUGCAUUACUAGCCUGAAAGAACUUCCUGAGUCAACAGCAGUAGCAGUUCUCGAUGAGUUUUUAUCCAGUGGCCCAGUUGGUCAUGCCAAAGGAGCUUAUCUUACAAGCUUAAUUGCUAAGCAUCAGGCUGGCAGAUUGGGCAUUACCCAUGAUUCGUUUGCUGUCCGUCGGAGGUCCACAGAAUUCACUUCCAUUGAGCCUGAUUUUGCAAAGGAACGAGCUUCUCUGCAUACUCCUACUUAUGACUCUUACAUUUCUAGACCUGCUGCAACUUCUUCAAUCAGGUAUGAUAUCUCACCUGCAAAAGAACGUUACCGAUCAUCUCUCUCAACUGAACCAAUUCUUCCAAGGUCGAGCUUUACCUCGCCAGUUGAUUCUGCACCUCAUUCCUUAUACAGAGAAACAGCGCCAUCUCUUUCGUAUGAAGAGACCAUCAGGGCUGAUCUUCGCCUUGCUUCAAGUGGUGCUGAUCGCAGGCCCACUUUCCGCUUUGAUCCAUUCACUGGUACCCCUUACAAGUUUGAUCCAUUUACCGGUGAGCCAAUUCAGCAUGAAACAUUUCCAAGUCACUCAAGUAGCAGAUACUGAACGAUUAUAGAAAUUAGAUAUUCCGAAGUAGCUGUGAAGGAUCGUGUUAGAAUCAUUUGUUUAUUUUACUGCUGUAGUGCAUUGGUCGUUGGUAAACGGUGUAGGUGCCUAAAUAGUGAUUCCAUAAUCAACGAUGUAAUUGAAAAAUUGUCAAGUUGAUGUAGUCCUCCUUUGGCAUUUUCAUCGAGGACCUUCUUCAGUUGAAAAGCUUCUUUUCAUUCUGUUCUUUUGAA